AUGGACAUCUCAUGUACAGCUGUGAUGUCACGCAGGCGCUAUCCUGCCGUCUGGUAUGCUCGAGUCCUACGGGGUAGAUUGGGGUAUUUUCUUCUCCUGGCUGUCUGUUUCGGACUUUGUCGAGUCUGGGUGGGAAGCACAGCCGAUGCGGAGAGAUCAGCGAAGCUUUGGAGGACCGCACGUCUCGCACGUCCUUCCCGGCCGCAGGCUGCCAUCACCUCUGCCGGCAAGGAUCUUGAAGAGAUCUUGGUUGAUGCACACAGCGUGGCCGAUGAGGAGUUUGCCUCUAUUUGGAACAGCAUUGCUCAGAAGUGCAGGGACGGAGGGGUGCCUGGUCUUCGAGCAUGGUUGGCCCGGUUAAAUCUCACGGAUCACGUACACGCUGCCGUCUUUUGGGCCGACCGCAUGGGAGCCUGCGCUUUGGAAGAGAUCGUGGAGAACUUCGACGACUUCGCGAAUGACCUCGGUCUAGGUCUCGAAGCACAGGAAGCGGGCCGCCACGCACAAGAGGUGACAGCCGUAGACAUGAAGGGCGCUCAGCGUCACAGGCGUCACAUGAAUGCCAAAGAGGCAGACGAGUCUUUGCUUUAUUUGUUGUUAAACUGGCCGGACCGCCAUGUCCCCUUUCAAGACUUCGAUGCCACUUUCGAAACAACACUCCAGUCCUUAUGCAGCACUUGCUCCAGACUUGCAUCCUCACUGGAAGAGACAUUUUCUCGAGAAGUGGGGGAACGUUUGAAGGCAGAUCUGCAGUAUCUCCGAGUGAUGCGGGAAUACUUUGCACUUCAUCUUCCGCUGCCGCCGUGUCUGGACAGCCGCAAUAAGACUUGGACUUUUUGUGGUGGGGCAGAGAAGUGGCUUGACUUAGCAGGUGAUGCGGCCUUUCCAGUAACUCUGUUGCCGCUCACGCGCCCUGUGCGCCAGGCCAUGGAACAAGCUGUGCUUGGCAACACUCGGGGCUCCCGUCUUCUGCGCACAUACGUUGCGUCAGAGACUGGGCUCGCGGGAAUCGGAAAGGAGAGCCUCCUCCAACUCGUGAAUUCCUCGAAGCAGCUGGUCCUGAAGGCCGCGCGGAGCUUUGCUGGUGCGAGCGGCCUGCCGGACUGGAACCGAUCAGGUUCAGACGGCCUCGUCCCGCUUGCAAUCGUAAAGCAUCCCUCGCAGAAUAAGUCAGAAAUAGCCUUGCAGAUCCAAAAGUAUUUUGAAUUCAUGUCGAACACACGCGUCGCACAGGCUGAUCGGUACUUCGGGCAUGUGCUUUUCGGGUACCUGCUAAGCCGGCUCAGCCAGCGCUUUGACUUGGUCCAGAGCUCCGGUCUGCUGAGCCUAAAUCCGGACGUCCAGCGCCUGAAGCUUGCAGCCCAAGUCUACGAUCACCAAAAAGGGACCCCCGAAUCCAGGUUUUCACAGGAGGAGCUGCAAGCGAGGUUGGAGGAUGAGGUCUUUGAAGAGUUUGUUCGCACGUCACUGGACUCUGAAGACUCUGGAGGUCUUAUGGAGGUCACACCGACGGCAGUGCAGGCUGUUCGCAGACAUACAGACCAGAUCUUCGGCAAAGGGCUGCGCGAAGAGGUCUUUGUUCCCUUGACGCGUGCGUCCCGCGCCUGUGCAAGCGAUGGUGAAGUGGCUGCAGGUCCUGAGAUUUGCAUGGAUUUUUUGUUGGAAGCAGCCCGCAAGUCCGAAUUGCGGAUGCUUUCGCUGAAUCUGGUGGCUGAUGAGCGCUUGAUGUGGCACGGUCUCGUCUUUGGAGCCUUGCUACAGAGGCAUGAGAUCGAGUAA